AGAGACAUUACUGCAUAGAGUGGACUUGUCUAUAGUAGUAGGGUAGUGCGUGGUCCACAGGACUUACGUAGUACAUAAGUAUUAUUAUUGAACAACUUCAAAUUAAUCACUAAUAAUAUUGUUACCAACAACUCAUCUCCUUUCUCUUGAAUGCUCCUCCUCACUAGUACUUCUAACUCAACCUUCUUAUUACUAAGCUUAAUUACAUUACAUUACAUAUGCCAGUAAUGCCACUGUCCUUGUGAUCCUUAUAUGUAUAUCCUUUGAUAAACUAUUUCCACACAUUUCAACUGUACAAUUCUCUCUCUUCUCUCUAUCAUUAUCUCACUGACAAGUAUGGUACAGGCAAAGAAGUUCAGGGGUGUCAGGCAACGCCAUUGGGGUUCUUGGGUCGCUGAGAUUCGUCAUCCUUUACUGAAGAGGAGGGUGUGGCUAGGAACUUUUGAAACUGCGGAGGAAGCUGCCCGAGCGUACGAUGAGGCUGCUGUUCUGAUGAGCGGACGUAACGCCAAAACAAAUUUCCCAGUGCAGGCACCUGACGACGAAAACAAAAAAGACAACUCUAACUCCGAUGCUUUCUCCGGAUCAUCAUCAUCAUCGCUCUCUGCUAUACUGAGCGCCAAACUCCGCAAGAGCUGUAAAUCGCCUUCCCCGUCUCUCACAUGCCUCAGGCUUGAUACGGAGAGUUCCAACAUUGGAGUGUGGCAGAAGAGGGCCGGAGCUCAUCCUGACUCUUGCUGGGUCAUGACUGUUGAAUUUGGAAAAAAGAAGAUGAUGAAUGAUAACGACCAAAUUAUUCCGGACAAAAACAUAAUAACUUCUUCAAGUACGUUGUCGUCUCCAGGGACUUCUACAGAGAUCAAAGAAGGCAAAGUGUGCGGAGUGAUGAAUGAAGAAGAGCGAAUGGCACUUCAAAUGAUUGAGGAACUUCUCAACAGGAAUUAAUCAUAGUACUGUUAAACUUCUUUGGUAAUGUUUGGUCUUUUACACGAAAAGUGAAAAGCAUCAGAUAAUAUUCCUAAUAAUAUAUUGUCACUAAGGCUAUGUUACUCUUACUCUUCAAAAAUGUAACUGAAUGUGUGUCGGAUUUUUCAAAAAUAGUGUAUUUUUAGAGUAUCCAACAUGUGUGCGAUUUUUGGAGAGUCCGAACAACAUAGUUGUAAGGUAGUACAAUUUUUUUUUGAAG